AUGAUCUUCCCCUCACCUGCACCAUCGAGCCAAGACGGCAACAUAAUUCCCGCAGCUCAGCAUGAGGCUCUCAAACUCCAACUUGCGGCAUUACAGGCGAGUAAUAGUGAACUGAAGCGACAGCACGAGCUCAUUCUCAAGAAAUACAAAGAAUCCAAGGCACGCAUCAAGCAAUGGCAGGCCUACCUCAGAGAGAAAAAGGAGAAAGAAGGCAGAGGUCGAAACACCGAACUUGCUUCAACUCCUCCCCCGGCAGGCGUCUUUGGGCGAGGCACAGAGACGCCCUAUACUGAUACCGACGUGACGCCGCGGGCUUCCACAAUUGCACACGAGCCAACUAUGGCAACAGAGGACAACGAAGUCGGUCCGCCAGAAAUGCCAUCCAGUCCGCCACGGCUCGCCGCAGUACCAGAACGUCCCACAWCGCAAUCAGAACUUCCGAUACGCUCUCAGCCAGUAGAAUCCAUUACCUCGAGUCAAACCACUGUUGAUGAACCGAACAAUCAGACAGAUGUGCCACUUCCUACACAGCCCGCUCCUAGCAGUGACUUUGAGCCCAUUGUUGUCUCUAGCCGAAGCUUGAAGCGUAAGGUGGGCACCGUGGAAGGUCCAAUGUCGCCUUCCCGACGCAUCAAACAAGAGCCCAGCUCGCCGAGCGCGCCCAGCAACAUUUCCUCGGGUGACUCACGACGUCCGCAAGAUUUAAGAAUAGAUACCACAUCAUCGGACGAUUGUCUUGACAACUUCGGCCCUGCGAUGAGGACGCCGCGUCGGCCCAAGCGGGUGAGCGACUUGCGUCUCCGUGCCACGUCGGAGGAAGUAUUCCGUCCUGUUCCACAGCUACAGAGAAGCGCAUCGUCGCUCUCUGAUGGCGACGCCGGUGCUUUGCUUGAGCAAUCAGCUUUUCUUGUGCCAGUGACUGAUUAUGCUACGAGAGGAGACAAUGGAAGCGUAGGCUCGCGACCUUCGAAGCGCCAGCAUGUCGAAGCGCUUAAACCUAUCAGUGGCAACGUUCCGAGGCAACAACGGACGCCGAAAGACGAUUUGAAAGCGGGAGCAAAGAUCAGAAGGACAGGCGCAAAGGAUAAGAUCUUGCUGGUUUCAGAAGAUGGCGAAGAUGGCUCUAGUCAACACGCAACACGCAAUCUUCAGCAGCGUGUAACCUUGCCUGGAUUGGCCAUGGACGACCGACUUGACGARUUGCUUAAUGGGCCAUCUGUACUUCGGACUCCAGUCUUGCCAAAUCCAAUCGAUAUUGCGGCAGUCUCACCGAGAGACCAAACUCGACCUCGUUCUGCGCAACUGACAACUCCAGUAAGCGUGGCGAAACGCACAUCCCCUGUGAAACCCACCACUAGUGUUGGGUGGACGCCUGUGCAAGCGAAGCUGCCCCAAUUAGAGAGGCCUACCAAUGCGUCCGCCCGAAACACUGGYCGUGGGAAGUCGCCACCUCCAGUGCGUCCAGAGGAAGAACCGCUUCGCAUACGUCCAGUAUCGACGCUUCGGCCUGAGGACUUCAAGAUCAAUCCCAAGUACAUGGGGACUGAUUUUGCAUUCGCCGAUACCAUCCGUGGUAGAGAUGCACGGCAGAAUCUGCACGCAUGUACCAGGGCGGAUUGUUGUGGUGGCGCUCUCGAGAAGGUCAUCAGAAUGGGUGGCACUGCCAUGUCAGGCCGAACUGACGCUCAUGCAUUGGAGGCUUUCAUCGGCCCGGCAUGGCAAGCACUGAUGGGCGCGAAAAGGCCGGACGAGGCGAAGAAGCUGCUGCAACAGGCACAUGCGUUCUGCUUUGCGAAUGAGCAUKGAAAGCAUCGGCAGGCCUUUGAGCGACGUAGCACACCACCAGGGUAUUGGAGGGCUGACUUUCCGACGACCCAAGAGCAGGCCAUGGACAGGCAGACCGCCGAGAAAAUGAAGAGGAAGGAAGUCGAAGACCGACAUCGCGAAGCUAUGCGUGAGGGGGGUAGAUGGAAAUUCAGGGAUGAAUAG